UGUCCGGUCCAAACAUGUCCGGUAUAGUGGGCUUCUAUUGUAUUGUGGAGUUAGUUGAGUUGAGCAUCAUCAAAUACACAUGGUAUUAUGAUCUUAUCAUGAUUCAAGUGAUUAUUUAAAGAUAUUUCAAGUCCUCGAUGUAUUCCACAAGAUCAUUUUGAACAUUACUCUUUUCUGCUCUUCUAUUCUCAGUUCAUAUCUCACAAACGAUAUUACAUCACGCAUCAUCAACAUCAUGCAAUCAUUCAAGACCAAAGUUGAAUCAGCGCUAGACGCUCGCAGCCUUCCUGGUGUCGUCACCGUCGCUAGCAACACAUCAGGUACAGUGUUUUGGGCUGCCAUACCAAAUGGCCAUAUUUUCAUAAGUAAUUUUACUGACAAUUGCAAUAGGUUCAUUUUCCUACACGGAAGCCCAUGGCCUCCAUUCAUUCAAGGCUGGAGCAUCCGCAGCCUUGAAAACCGAUGCCAUUUUUUGGAUCGCUUCCUGCACUAAACUGUUGACCUCAAUCUCUGCCUUGCAAUGUGUUUCGCGCGGUCAAUUGUCACUCGAUGAAGAUGUCUCAGGAAUUUUACCCGAGCUGAAAGAUUUGGAGAUUCUUGAGGGGUUUGAUGACAAUGGUGCUCCGAAAUUGGCAAAGGCGACGAAGUAUAUCACGCUUCGGUAGGUCACUUUAUAUAUGCCUUGUUCUCUAAAGCCUUCAUAGUUGUAUUGAAUAACUUGUAAUGGAUCUAACAUUCAUUUCUAGACAUCUUCUUACCCAUACUUCGGGUCUCGCAUACGAUGUCUUCACGCCCGAACUCAUGCGCUGGAGAGCCUCACGUGGAGAAACACCCAGUCUAUCCGGCGGUAGCAUAGCAUACCGCUACGGAACCCCUCUCAUGUUUGAACCCGGCUCCGCGUGGGCGUAUUCUAGUUCGUAAAGCCCUAACUCGCCACCAUACGCAAGAUUACUAACAAAAUCCAGCCGGACUCGAUUGGGCAGGGAAGAUGAUCGAACGAGUUAGUAACAUGUCGCUUGAAGAGUACAUGCAGAAACACAUCAUGGAGCCCCUGGGUAUCAACGAUUUCACUUUCCACAUUGAAAAUCAUCCUUCGCUUCUCUCACGCUUGGUUGACAUUACUGUUCGCGACGGAAUAGCAACAUCUAUCAAUCCUGCCGGAGCAAUAAUAAACUCUGAUGAUAAAAUAUGGGCGCAGGAUCAAGUUGAUGAUUGUGGUGGUGUGGGCGGAUACAUAAGCGCGCCAUCCUACCAGAAAAUUCUGCACAGCAUCACAAUUUCAGAGGGGAAACUUCUGGAUGCAGAUAUGUCUAAUGAGUUAUUUCGCGGACAAUUGACAGAUGCGCAGUUGCAAAUUGUACAUGGAGCCUUGCAGAUUGAUCAGGUUAAGAGGAUUAUGGCGCCUGGAUUGCCAAAGGAAACAAAGGUUGAUUAUGCGUUGGGGGGUAUGGUCAUGAGAGAGGAUAUGGAGGGACGCAGGAGAAAGGGGACGAUGCAUUGGGGUGGGCUUCCGCAUUUGGUGUGGUGGAUGGAUCGGGAAGCGGGGAUAUCUGGAGUUUAUGCCAGUCAGUUGUUUCCCCCUGGAGAUGGGCAGCUUGGGGAUAUGUUUGAGGCUUUUGAGAGGGCUGUUUAUGAGGAGGCUGCAAGCUUGUAAUUUUUGAGUUUGUUUGGUUUAGUGUAAUUUAUAUCUCCUUUGUUCGUACAUAGCUAUAGAAAUUUCCUCUUUGAAAUCGAGAUAUUUAAUCUGUCUUCAUUUCUUCUAUUCCUGGGCCAUAGUCAUUAGUAGUGAGUCACUACUAAUGACGGAUGGAGUUUGGAUUGAUAGUCUAACUGUUCUUGGCCUCGUUCAUAUUAUGAGAAAGUUGGAAUUAUAGACCAAAUACA